AUGGCCAGAUAUGAGUGUGUCCUCGCGGAGUGGCAGGACAACAUUUAUUGGAGAAAGGUCGAGGAUGUCCGGAAGCAGCAGGGGAGAAUCAAGGAGAUCGAAGCGGCUGCCCUAGUAGUGGAUGUGAUGGAUCAGCAAAAUACAGAGGAUACGGACCAACAAGAGGGGGUGAAAACUCCGCCACCGCUUGCUGACCUCGGGUCAGGUUCUUCCGCUUCAACGCCCCCCUUAGUUCUUGCGUUGCCCACCGGUACUGAAAGGGAGGCACUCCAGCAGAAGCUCUCUGACCCAGAGUUUGUCGCCCUCUGGAAGGUGGUGUGUCUCCUGUAUGCAGGCGGACCUGCAUCUGGACAACAAAUGCAGCCCAUUGGUGAUCCUGAAGUCACCUGCGACGAAUGCGAGCAUGCGGCUUCCACCAGCGGAUCCAGGGCCAUAUUCCUGUUCUCCAAUAACAGGCGAAUACAGUGCCUCCCGUGCAGCAAGAACCCGUCAAAGCCCAGAUGCUCACUCUCCCACCACCACAUCGCCCUCUGGAAAUUCAUCAAGGAGAAAACCUACCUCCCGAGCAGGAUCCUACCGGUAAACCACCACCCCCAUAUCGUCACCAACAGCUUCAACCCUGAGAAACCGUGGACGAAGAGCAAGGGCGAGGCAAUGGUAGGCAAGCUGGACAUCACCUUGAACGAUAUGGCCAUCAUUCAACAGAGGAAGGCGCAGAUUCAUGUCCGGACCACCAUGACCCAGCUAAACAAGUUGCAGUCGGUGAUCUUAUCAAGUGUCGUUCUGGCAGGGGAGGAACAGCAUGCGUGGUUAACCCUGUUUUCUGACUUUGAAGCACAGGCCAUAAGUGAUUUGACGUUGUUGAACGAGGUGUUGCAGUGCCAGAGGAAGAAAAAGGAGCUGUAG